AUGUGCUUCAUAGGAAGAAACGGGGCAUCUGCAAGCUGGAUCUGGAGGAGGAUGCUGCGGCAAAUGAUACACAGAGGGCUCAAAGCUUCUUUCUACUGGCUGGGCUUAUUUGUUAGUAGGCAUCCGGUUUUUUUCCUCACCGUUCCCGCAGUCUUAACCAUCAUUUUCGGAUCUACCGUGCUGAGCAGAUUCAAGCCCGAAACCGACCUCGAGAUACUGGUUGCCCCGACCCACAGCUUUGCUAAAGUAGAGCGGAGUCUUGCGAACAGCCUUUUCCCCAUCGACCAGUCAAAAAACAAGCUGUAUUCCGACCUGCACACUCCCGGCAGAUAUGGCAGACUGAUUCUGCUGGCCAAAUCUGGGGGAAAUAUACUGGAGCUAGCCGACCAGGUCCUGCAGGUUCACAAGCAGGUGUUGGAUUUGCGUGUUAAUUACAAGGGAUUCAAUUACACUUUCGCUCAUCUCUGUGUCCUGAGCCAUCAGGAUAAGCGAUGCAUCUUGGAUGAUAUAAUUACGAUAUUCGAAGAUAUCCGUUUAGCUAUUCUAUCGAAUUACACUUUCUCGAAGGUGCCCGUGAGCUAUCCAAAUACAACAUUAAAGGUAAGAAGGCGAGGAUUCUGUUUUUUAUAGUAAAACGAUAGGCUACAAUGUUUCUGCUGGCCGCGAGCAUCAAUUACCGAUAUGAGUGUCAGAGAUCGUGACUGACGUGCUGUGCUACUCAAAAAACCGAAUUACCUGGAUUAGCAGUGGGACAAUGUUUCUGUAAUGAGACCAUAACCCACUGUCUGAAACCUUCAAUAAUUUCUCAAUGAACACAGUGGUUGUAUUCACUCAGCCAAUUAUGUAGGCUGCUGAUGUCUUUAUAUCAGGCAGGCAAGGCAAGGAAACACUCAGAACAGAUUGAUUGAAUAGCCGGUGUUUAGGCUAGUUGUUAGCUGCAGGUUGUGAAUUGUCUGCAUAGCCCUGCACUGCUCCAAUAUACAGGGAAUGUUCCCCUUCCUAUUCUGAUGCAGUGUCUUUCUCCCUCUCCUGCACAUAUAUAAUGACAUAGCUGAUAGACUAGUAUGGGCCUGCAUCCCGACUUCCCGUGUAAGAUGUUGCUAUGCCUCCUAAGUGUAUGCUGUGAUUGCAGCCCUCUGCAGAUGUAUCGCUGGGCUGCUAGGCUACCUCUGCUCAUGUCAUUUUAAACAGUAGGCUAUAAAUGAGGUUCAUGUUUUAAUCAGCUGUUACACAAUUACAACAGGUAGCCUAAUUUUACAACAGGUGACCAUAUCUGUUGCUAGUACCCUGACACCCUGAGCCCAUUAAAUUAAUGAGUGUAGAUAGAGCCUUAGGUAAUGGUCUACCUUGAGUAAGACUCACCAUGCUGGGUAACAUGAGUAGCCUAGUCAGUGAGUUGAAAACUGUACUGUACUAAAUUAGGCCUAUGCUACACAGAGCAUCUUAAAUUGCAAGGCACGUGUCUAGCUACAGUUUCAUCUCCUCCAAUAAGAGCAUUUCUAGUGUGAUCUAGCUGAUCCUCCUGCACCAGGCCUAGCUGUGUAAUGCACUGGGGCCUGCUCUGUUCAUUCAUACUGGGCUGUCCCUAAAUCACUUCUAGAUAGCACAUCCUAUGACUGUUCAUUCCUCUGUAUCCAAGGCCACAUUCUUCACGCAUUACUAUUGCAGCUAGUUGCCUGAUUCUCUAUGGCUCUGGCCCUUGUGCACCCCUUGACACCAACCCCUUUCGCCUCAUGGGGGUAAAAACUGACAGUGCAAGUGAUAUUUAAUUACAAUAACCCAUGGAAUCAUUCAUUUUCUGACGUUACAGUUGUACAAUCAACAUCAAAUAUUGCAUUGAAGAGAUACAGGAUUUUCUGUACAGUACAGUAGGCUGCAGAUUACAAACAGUGAACAAAUCAGACCAGCUAGGGCCCUUGUCCGAAAUGAACAAACAAUGCUCUAUUACAUUUGCAUAAUUUCACUAUUGGCUGACAAGUUAACUGUUCCUCCACUUGUCUAGGAGAUCCAUCUUCUCUGGAGGACAGUUAAGUGGUGUCAUAUAGCUCAUCUCCACAUAUCAGUCACCUUCCCCAGGGAUUAAUAUCACUGCAUCCCUAUACUAGUGGCGCUCCGAUCUGAUAGGACACCUACAGUAUGCCUUUCUAAAAACAACUAGGCAGCCAGUGAUUGGUUUAACGCAUGUCUUAUUGAACAGUGUUUUAGGAAUCAGACAGUACAGUGCAUGUGGUCUGAUUCUGUAGUAGCCGUAGUAAUGGGACAUUCUCAGGCAUGAUUCCAAAAUACACAAUUUACUAUAGUAGAAAUUAUGAGAAUAGUUUGUCAGAGUGCAAUCUUACUAUUGCUUAGUAAAUAUGAUAUUAUAACAUUAUUUAUCUUACCGUAAAAUGUAUUAAAUGUGUCAUUAUCUCUCCUGCAGGGAAUUCAUUCAUAUUUUAAUGGUUGGUUGAUGGGUCACAGUGUUCAAAUCAUUCACAAGAUAAUCGUAAUCCAAAAACAUAACCAAGUGUUGCUUAUUUCAGGUAACAGAAACCAAACAGCAUAUCUCCAGCUAUGCUCUGUAGGGACUUGAGAUCCCUCUGUCAGUGUGUCUGAUAGUAUCCUGUCUGUUGUGCUCCAUCUCCCAGGACGGUCGUGUGUCCUUCAUCGGCCACCAGCUGGGUGGAGUGGCCUUCUCGCCCAACAGCCGAGACCAGCAGGUGAAGUUUGCCCGGGCCGUUCAGAUCACCUACUACCUCCGCAAUCAUGGCCCUGUGGUGCAGGACGUCAUCGCAGAGAAGUGGGAGAACGCCUUCUGCGUCCUCAUCACGCACCUGUCCACGCUCAGCGAGGACCUGCACAUCCAGUCUCUCACCUCCUUCAGCCUGUGGAGGGAUUUCCACCAGACGGGCGUGCUGGCUAAAGGGGAAGUGCUGGUCAGCAUGGUGCUCCUCCUGCUGGCGGCCACCAUCUCCAGCUCCAUGAGGGACUGCCUGAGGGGGAAGCCCUUCCUGGGUCUACUGGGUGUGCUCACCAUAGCCAUCGCCAACGUGACUGCAGCUGGCAUCUUCUUCAUCUCCGACGGGAAGUUUAACUCCACGCUGCUGGGGAUCCCCUUCUUUUCCAUG